GUGAGUUGUAAAGACGCCUUAUUGCAAAGAAGCAUACACAACUUGCAUACACAUCUUUUCAUCUUUUUUUCCCUUAGUUAUUUAGCUGCAUAAAGUACGGAAUAAAUUCACCCCAACAAAAGAAUUAAGUUCAUCCGAGUGCUGAUCUUUUCGAGUCAUCUCAUUAAUUUUGAGCAGAAUCUUGUUCAAGUGAAAAGCAAUCUUAACAGAAUUUGGCAGGAGUGUGUUAACCGCAAACCUCAACCACACACAUGCGACGUCUGCAAUUGGAGGAAACUCACACUAAUAAGUUCUUGAUAAAUGACAGUUAUACAAAUUUGUGAUAAGUGACAUUCCUCUGCUAAAACUUUUCGCCAAAAAAAAAAUGUCAAAAUAAAUACACAACGGAUAGUAAAUAGUUAAGUGAUGCGGAAGCUCUCCCGCAACAACAAGACUCAUCCAACAAUUGAAUAAAUAAAACACUGCAUUAUUGUGGACCGGUCUCACAACUCAGGCUCUCCAAUUGUCAGCAAUCAUCAACAAUCAACCAGUUCAUGUUGAUGUGUAGCGGCUUUUAUCCAUAAUAAAAACUUUACACAGACAACGUCGAAUCGAAAGUUCAUCAAUUUUUAUAGAAAGAAAUUCGACAACUUGUAUCCACAUUCCUUCUUCCUCUCCUUCAUCCUGAGCUGAAUAAACCUUGAGGAUUGUGGUGAUGAUGACGAACCACCGUUUCACUCCUCAGAAGAAGAAGAAUCUGCUGCUUAAAUAAAAUGCAAUAAUAACAAAAAGAAGAAUGAUGAAUAGAAACCUUGUCUAAAAAAAGUGAACAGUUGCACCAGCAAUUCUAAACUCUGUACUCUUUUGUUCUGGCUCGGGCUUACAAAGUUCCGUUAAAUUUGCAUGUUCUGUUUACCAACUAAUUGUAUUAUCCAUCACGUAAUGUGAGUGAGGAGGGAUGAGCGACUAGUCUUUAAGUAACAUAACCGGAUCAAAAAGAGCAGAACGAGUUCUUCAUCUCUUCAAUCAAAUCAAUUCCAUUACGUAUUAAAAAAAUCCAACCCUUGCACAAAAUUGCCUGCACCUCAACUCAACAAAAGUGCAACUUUCGUGGUCAAAAGAUUUUUUCCUACUCCAGAAAGGAAUUCAUCAAGAUAUUCAGACAUACGGAUGAAUAAUAUGCUAAUCGAAAAGUGAGACGAAAAAUGUGGCGAGAAGUUCUAAGCUGGUCUCAGAAGAAUAAUAAUUUUGGAUGUAUCAAAUAUCGGAAUAAUCAAAAUUUAAGAAAUUUCAUGAACAUGACCAAGUUAAUCUAACGAGUAAUUUAAUACAUUAAGUUAUCUGCCUCAUUUUCUCUCAACGGAACAAAGGAUAUACAAAGUCAAGUCAAGGAUAAGGAUAAAUUUGUAUCGUAUAAAACUUAUAUAAAUUAUUAUUAUACUCGGACUAACGAGGCUUGAAGCAGAGAGGGAUAAAAUAAGCCAAGGUUUUCUCAUGUCCUAUGAAUGACUUCUUCUUCUCCAACCCAACUUGGUUACUUAUCGCCCACCAAAUUCCUACGAUAACUCAGUUCAGUAGGAGUCAACAGUUCAAUGAAUCAUCAUUAAAAUUAAAUAAUAAAAAAACUUUAAAAAUCUCCUUUCCUUGGUCCACCGCGUACACUGUCGAAUAGAGUUUAUACCCCGAUGCUGGGUCAGUGUGUAAAAUGGGCGAAUAACAGGACUUAAUAAAUCUACAAUCUACAAAAAUCUGAGCAAUUUUUAGCCCCAAAAACUACACCUUGGCUUCACACUCCGAAGAUGUCUAAUCAUACCACCACCUGUCACGGUUUCGUGGCAAAUACUUGGCGGAAGGAUGUUUGCACGAACUGCUUCCGAACAAUUGAGGAGCACGGGAUCUCGGUCAGUGGGCGAAGUACUUCGGGGAAUAAAUUUAAUAAUGCAAACCCAAUGAAUAAAUAUUCCACGGGUGGAGGCGGAUUUCAAUUCCAUUCGUCGUCGCGAGGCGAUAACGCGAUUCCACGAAUGACUAGUGGUGCAACUACGACAAGUAGUAGUGGUGGUGGUCAUAAUAAUAAUUAUAAUACGGGUUUUGGAAGUGCGAAUCUGACUCAGUCUCAGUUUGCAACUGGAUCCAUUAGUCACAGUCAAUUGAAGCAGCAGCAGCACUACAACAAGUCAUCUCUGAGUGGUGGAAGUGGUGGUGUUGGUUUUAGCAGUAAUAGACAGCAGAAUGUGACCAGUGGGGGUGGUCACAAAUUCAGAAAUAUGUCCCAAGGAAUGGACUCCACGGACGGUGGUGGUGCAAGUGGUGGGAGGAAACCCCAGUUUAAUGUGGGUGGACCCAUGCGGGGUGGACAGAGAGGAAUCUUAAAAGGGAAGGAUGGGAGUGGAUCCGGUAAUAAGAAAAGUGGGGGCAGGAGGGGUGUCUCAUUUCCGAAAGAGGUGGUGGAAGUCAUCGGCAUCGGAGAUGACGACAACGAGCCUCACCGUGGGGGUGGUGGUGGAAAUUCCUCUUCCGACGAGGACGACGACGACAACACCCCCGUCGACCCUCAGGACAACUCCUCCAUUGCCGAACUCCUGGAAAAGAACUCGACCACGAUGGAUGAAAAAGAGUUUCACCGACUGACGCAAAAGAACACCAACUUCAACUCCAUCAAGACGAACCUCUUGGGAAAGACAAAGAUCGAAAUUGGUCCAAUCGUUGGGGGCACGAGAGGUUCCUCCGCCUCGAAACCGCUCGUAUCCAUUGGAACCUUCGAAACUCGUAAUGAGCCACUAAAAAUUCGUCAUAAAAUUGACGAGGAUUCAACCGACGAUUAUGAUAAGACUGUAAAUAACCAGCGGAAAUAUGUGGUCGCGUCAACCACCACGAAAACAAGUGCUAUAACUGCAACAAGGUCGUCUCCUCCUGCUCAAGUUCCUACAUCAUCAAUUUCAACAGAUAGUGCUUCCAAAACGAUGCAAAAUAUCAGUAUUGGUUCAUCUACGACCAAAUCGUCUUCCAGGUUUUCUUCCUCAUCGUCAUCAUCAUCAAGUAGUAGUAGUAAUAGUAGUACGACUGUUUCAAAGACUGUAAAUCAUCCCACGACGACACCACCAACAACAACGCCAAUAGUCACGAAAUCAUCAGACCAAGUUGACUCAUCGUCGUCAUCAUCAUCCAGCAACAAAAGUGGUGGUGUGGAACAUCAUAAAACUGUUUCAAUUUCAUCCGCCAAGGAUUUAGGACGUUGGUCAAGAGAACAACCCGACCAACCAAAAAACGAGGUCAGCCAGGGCCCUUGUUUAAGUAAGGGUCCCAACAAAAGUGAAAAACCUCCCCUGAAACCCAAGUCAAUUCUGAAAAUAAGUCAGAACUCUACCAGUAAAAUAACAUCACCGCCAACGUCACCUCCCCCCAUAAAUAAUUCCAUCCCUCCAAUCCUCUCCCCCAGUAAGAUUGCAGAACAGCAAAAGUUAAAUAAUCAAAACGCCAUUUCCAAGAGUAACACUGCUCUCACAAAUUUGAUCAUUUUGACUGAAGGGAAUAGCAUCGCGUCAAAAAGGACAUCUUUCCUGAGAGACAUUAUCGAUCAAGGAGAAAAGAACUCUACCAUUACCACCACCACCAGUGUCACUGCCACAUCUACAUCCAGCAACGCUGAAGGGGUCACUAUUGUCAAAAAUGUGGGUGUGACCAACAACGCUUCCCUCGAUUGCGAUCAAUCUCUCAUCGAGAAAGACUCGCUGGACUCGCCACCCACACUUUCAAAACAAGACCAACUCUCCCAAAAACCUAAAGUUCCUUCCAAAUUGAAACUAAACAUAGAUCUGAGCUUAAAUCGGGAGGUGUCGAAUCCUCCAAAGUCCGUCGUUCCGUCAUCCUUACGAUUCGCUAGCAGUAACGAAAACGGGAGUGGAACUGACUCUGAAUUUGACGACAGUUUAGAGGAUUCAGGCCUUGACAUCAAGAUCACUAAACCACGCAACCUUGUCGUCAUCAAGGGUGGUGGCAAGGAGGGAGGAGACGUCCCCGCAUUCCUGAGUGAAGAGUCUGAUGAAAACGAAAAAGUUGGGUCGUCCGGUUCAGACUCAGGAAAUGAGAAUGAUUACACCGUGAGCAACAAUAAAUGCAGUGGACGAGUCAGCAAGGGUCAUGCAGGUCUCUACAUUUCCGUAGAUGAGGACGAAGAAAUUCUUAACGUGGGGGACACUGAUAUCAAACUGAAUGCUAAAACGCCAGCCAAACUUAGUCCAGAUUCUGUCUUGUCAAAUUCUGUGAGUGGGAGUGAAAUGUCGGCGUCCGGAUCGAAUGAAAGCAUCGCGGAGUCCUUGCACGAAGAAAGGCGUGCUUCGACCAUUUCGACAUCAUCAACUUCCAACAAACGCCAAGCUCCACAACCACCAAACAGUGAAGUUGCCCUCUUGUACGAUGAGGAUGACGUUUAUGAUGAUGUCAUUAACGUUGCUUCGAAGCAUCGCCUCUCUGCGAGCGAAGACACCAUUGAGGACGAAAGUAUUUACGACGACUGCUCCACCAUUGUCGACAACGACCGCACAAUCACUUCCGCCAGUACGAAUAAUCAAGGGAAAAUUGGGAGCUAUAACUUUGGUGGUGGUAAUCACGAUAAUGAGGACGAAGUUGAAUCCGUCAUUACUCACAGAUCGGAUGGAAUUGAAUUUAUAGGGAUUCGAAAAAUAGAUGCAGAGUCAUUCUUGAAAGAGCGGUCGCCCACUCCGGACAGAAAAUUUGGAUUCCGUCGUUCCGUCUCGCCAGGGAAAGGUUCACGAGAAAGAUCUUCGUCCACAAGUCCAAAAACGAGGAGAAAGGUUAAUCAGUUUUUUAGCACGAUUGGGAAAAAGGCUGGAGCUGCUUUCAGUUCUGCCAAUUCACAACUUGGACAAUAUACUAGGACAAAGUCACCCUCCGUCUUCUCAGGUUCCAACCUGGAUCCAAAAGGAGGAGGGGAAAAAUCCUACAAUUACAAGAGGUCCAUGUCCACGGAUGAAGUUAGCGCGACGCGUGCUCAAGAAAUUUAUGCCACUGUGACCCCCACCACCCUAAAGUUUAAGGGAGUGCUGAACAAACUGUCCAAGAUCGAUCUGAACCUGAGUGACAAGAACAAAGAUGCAACAAAAGCAGAUUCAGAUUUGGAAACCAGUGACUCAAAGGACAAAGUGUAUAAGAAGAACAACAAUAUUUCAAAAUCUAUUAAAAAGUUUCUCCGUUUCGGUAAUAAAGAUGGGACUGGUGGGGACGGAGGAAAGUAUGACUUUCCCAUCUACAACAACGCUCCGUUAAACAUUAGUUCGCCAAUUCACACCCCGGUUAACAGCAGUUUGACCUCGUCGACAGAGUCGGACUCUCCAAACUCUUCCAAUCCGGCGUCAAUGACACCUUCUGUCUCUUCACAAGUUGUGGCGCCGUCCGUGGUUGCUGUUGCUACUGCGGUUGGAGGAGGAGGAGAAGGCGUUACGCGGACUAAGCCUCCACUGCCGCUCACAAAACCACCACCUCCACCGCCACGAGUUCACUCGUUAGAUAUGCUACAAAAAAUGGGGGUCGUGAACCAGAAGGGGACCGUGCGGCCGGCGAGACCACCACCACCCGUCCGACCGAAUCAAAUCGCUCCCAGUUUCACAGCAGUUUUCAACAACCCUUCAACGACUACUUCGGAAUCGACAACGCCCAAUCCAACAAUUUCAGGAGAUAAAAAUGCAAGUGAUGACAACGGAAUCCCACCGUGUAAGCCUCGCAGGAAAAACAGUGCCGUGGGUGGAGGCAGUAAAGAUUUGGAAACGUCGUACAACCAUAUUUCAAACUUGAACUUGGAGACUUUAAAACUGAUCGCGAAUCAGCCUUUGACAAAAAUUGUGUCCAACUUCCCGGUGAUUUCUUCCCAAGAUAGCGUCCAGUGGUCCCAGUUCGACAUUCAGACUGGGAUGCGACCAGAUCCACUAAUUCAUGGGAUGGGGUUCGCCAUUUAUUCCGCACAUUUUGAGGGGACCAAGUGCCUACUGAUGAUUCAAGAGUCCACCUACGCUUCACCGCUCCAGUUUUCAUGCGUUCAAACUGACCUAACCUUUCAGGAUGACGUUCCCAUUGAAUACGUUCCGUGGGAUCCGUCCGAUCGGGUCAAGUGCGAUAUUGGAAUUAAAGCCACCCUUUCUGUUCUACCAUUCUUCAAAAUGUGGAGUGUCGAAGAUUUCCUGAAAUCCAAUGAAAUCCUCCACAAAGAAAAAUGCCUCGCCCUCCUCCAAUCUCUCGACUACUGGGGUGUCAAAGAACUCCACGACCUUAUCAUCUUCAGACAACCCCAUAUCGUCAGUUCGGAUCGGAUUUACGUUCACCCCAUUCCUGAAGGCGAACAGAAAUCAGGAAUCAACAACCCCGUCUCUCCUACUCCCUCAGACUUUGAAGUCUCCAUUAAACAACUCCUCUUCACUUGUUCUGAAGAUUCCGAUUCUGACUACGAAUCCAUCCUGUCCGGCUCUGAUAAGCGGAUCCUUAUCGAAAAAGUGUCCGGAGCUCAGGACGAGGUCAAGAGUCAGCUCAAGCUGUUCUUCCAACUCAAACUAUUCGCCCCUUCGGUGGAAUCGAGUGAAUUUCUUAAAAUUCGCAAGCACCGUUCCGAGCAGUCCAUCCAGCAGUGGUUGGACAAAGAGAGAGCCAUGUGCAUGAAGGAGGCCGUCGUGAGGUCGGUGAGCGGCGGAAUGACGACCGACGACGCCAUCACGCCACUCAAAAAAGCUUACUUGGAGUUCCUCAUGCGGCCGGGAAACAGUGCCAAAGCCAUUCUGGACAUGUUUGUAGAAUUGUUUGAGUAAGACUUUUUUUCAUAAGUAUUCAUGUAAUAGCGUUCCGUUUGUAAAAUGACAAUGUUAAUUUAGUAAUCAUCCAUUAUCAAUAAUACAAUCAACUUGUCUAACUAUUUAAAAAAUUAUUGGAUGCCGUUUUUUUAGAUGGCUACGAUUAACCAGUAAUAAUUUACAAACAUACCUAAAUAACCGUCUAUUACACAACCCUGUACGUUUUCUUAUUUGAUUGACGCUCUUAUUUUUACCAGAUUGUACCGAAAAUUACAUAAUUCUAUUAAAUUAUCAACGACCAAUAUCAUUAUUAUUGUACUAGAUCCAAGUAGUAGUCAAAAGUCACAAGAAGCCUUUGUAGAUACAGAAGAACUGAAAAAACUAACCAUAAAUAAAAUAAAAUAGAUGCAUACAUAAUUAUGAUAAUCAUUUCGCGGAGAAAAUUGAUAGCUGAAGGAUCGAAUUUAAUACAAAAAAUAAUAGUUAUUAUUAUAUUCUAUUAUGUGUCUACGUAUUUGUGAUAUAUAAAUAAUUAAUUGAUGAUAAUAAAUCUGCGAGAAUAAACAUUUUUGAUACAUGCGACAAA